AGAAAUCAUUGAGAGACCAAUAGAGGAGUCAACAAUAGCAAUGAAUAUAUAUCUUAAAGAGGCAGCGGUGGAAGCAAGCACGCACAUGCACAAAGUAAUGAGAGAAGAGUCAAUAGGAGUAAAAAGUCAAAAUCCUCAAAGCAAAUUCUGAGAAUACCCACCAUCUCCCUCUUUUUCUGAUUUCAUAAUUGGAAUUUGUUAUAUAAGAGAGAUUCAAUCAAACCCUUUUCUUUCUAAAUUCCAAGCACAAAAGAAAAAUUGUCCCAAGAAGCAGAGUGGUCUCUGAAAUUAGGGUUCUAUUACAAUAUAUCAAAAGUCACAGCUGAGAAGACAGUGUCGUCAAUGAACAACAUACCGAUACCAUCAACAUCUACAGCAGGGAAGUGGAAGCCCGAGAAGUAUCCACCGUACAUUCAUCGCCUGAGAUUAUCUAAACUCACACUAUGGUCUUUCAUUUUCCUUGCCUUCAUCGUCUUCUUCUUCAUCUUUUCCCCUCCCUCCGCUUCCCCCGCCGCAGCCCCUCGCCGCGAUUCCUGGGGCGGUCCCGAUUGGGAAAAGCGCGUCAGCAAAUCCGCGCGUAGGAACACCGCUUCCGGCUUCACCGUCCUCGUCACCGGCGCCGCCGGCUUCGUCGGCAGCCACGCGUCCCUGGCGUUGAAGCGGCGCGGUGACGGCGUCCUCGGCAUGGACAAUUUCAACCGUUACUAUGACCCCAACCUGAAGUACGCUCGGCAGAAGCUUCUAUGGCGCGCUGGGGUGUUCGUGGUUGAGGGUGACAUCAACGAUUCCGCACUCCUCCACAAGCUCUUUGAUGUUGUCGCGUUCACACACGUGAUGCACUUCGCCGCACAAGCAGGGGUUCGCUACGCCAUGCAGAACCCAGGUUCCUAUGUUCACAGCAACAUCGCUGGCUUUGUGAAUCUUCUUCAAGUUUGUAAAUCGGCGAACCCACAACCUGCGAUUGUGUAUGCGUCUUCAAGUUCCGUUUAUGGGUUGAAUUCUAAGGUACCCUUCUCCGAAAAAGACAGAACGGAUCAACCUGCUAGUCUUUAUGCUGCGACUAAGAAGGCUGGUGAAGAAAUCGCUCACACUUAUAAUCAUAUUUAUGGUCUUUCCAUCACUGGUUUGCGUUUCUUCACGGUGUAUGGUCCUUGGGGUCGACCUGAUAUGGCAUAUUUCUUCUUCACGAAGGAUAUUCUCAAGGGGAAGCAGAUUACGAUCUUUGAAGCCCCUGAUGGUGGAAGCGUUGCCAGAGAUUUCACUUACAUUGACGACAUUGUGAAGGGCUGUUUGCGGGCUUUGGAUACUGCUAAGAAGAGUACUGGUAGUGGCGGCAAGAAGAAGGGACCUGCACAGUUUAGGAUCUUUAACUUGGGUAAUACUACGCCUGUGCCCGUCACUGAGCUUGUCACCAUAUUGGAGAAGCUUCUCAAGGUGAAGGCAAAGAGGAAGGUAAUGCCAAUGCCAAGAAAUGGAGAUGUUACCUUUACACAUGCUAAUAUCAGCAGAGCACAGAAGCAGCUUGGCUAUAUGCCUACUACUGAUUUGGAGGCAGGACUCAGGAAGUUUGUGCGGUGGUACCUCGACUUUUACUCUGCCUCUAAGAACAAGAGUGCUUGGUGAUUCAUAUCUUUGCUCUGCUGCAAAACAUUGUCUAAUCUCGCCUGUACAAUUGUUGGCUUCCAAUUGUAUUAGGGAAUAACUAGUAUCAUGCUCUCUCUCUCUCUCUUUCUUCUCUCUUUAAUUUUGCUUGACUUUAAUCUUCGAAUGUUUGCCUUUUUACGUUAGCCAUUGUACAGUUUUUUAUUAAGAGGUCAAAUUGAUAUUCCUUAUGUGUUGUGCACCCUCUCUUUUCUUUUGAGUUUUCCAUUCAAACCAUUUUCAGGGGGUGCUAAAUUGUUUUGCUUUAUUUGACAGUGUAGAUUUAUUCCAUAAACGAUUAGUCAGUCAUUGCGCUUACGAACAUGUUUUGCCAUGUUUUAGGUUUGAACUACGAAUUUGUUAAGCCAUGUUGUAGGUUUAAACUAGUUUGUCAUGUUGAUGACUGCUGAAUUGCCUGUUUGCCAGCAUUUAGUGCAAGUACUUUUCGUAAGAAUACAAUAUGCUUUUGGCUUGGAGAUCAGCCUUGUGAAUCCUCGUGGACAGGAAUAUCUUUUGGUCUGUAUGUUUGUUCAGAGAGCUUGCUUGCAAUGUGCUGGUAUUGGUAUGGAGCUACUUUUAGCUACCCUCGGCCUCGACCCUCGUUUAGCCAAUGGUAACGUUAGUGCAACUUGGUAUGAUGUUGUUUGGUUUUAGUCUAUCACUUGGUAUAUUUAGUCUCCUUGGCUCGCGUAUGUAUGCCGUUUGGUGGCAGCAACUUCUUGUUGAAGAGUGAGUAAUAAAGAACAUUAUUGUUAUGAAAAGAGACUUUAAGAGAGCCAGAUGGAUAAAUAUGUAUCAGUUUAUGUAUGAGACUGUUGUCAUCUGGGGAGCAGUGGUUUCUUUUAGGAGGAUAGCUGAUUUAAAAAGUUCAAAAUACUUCCUAGAAACUGUUUGAUGUUUUUGUCAGAAGUGGCUGU